UUUCUUCAACAUUUAUUUGAGAAUAAAUAAAUAAAUGUUAUUUUUCAGAGGUGUGUACAUCAUAUCUCUCAUUGUUUAAGUUUGUUUUGUUUUUGUUUUUUGUUGUUUUUUUUUUUCUGAACGCAUCAUUUUCUCCAUUAAUUUAGUAUAAACGAUUUUCGAAAAGCAGUGCAGUACUGACUGAUUUUAUCUGAAAUGAGAGUGACUGCCUGUGUUUCUAGAGUUGGAAGUAUUGCCUGUGGGCAUACCUCACCCACGGCAGCAGCUGCAACCGUUUCCUGAGCUCAAAGGUCUCCUCCCUCUGCUUCAGUCGGAUAUUGCGUCGCCUGCAGAGGUUUUCCUGUUUCUCCGUGUCGGACCGGACCGGACUGGACAGGACCGCGAAAAAAAGUUCGUGGGGGUGUCCGGUCUCGCGGCAGUUUUCUGGGAACCAUGAAAGCCUCGCGCACGGAGGGUUGAGGAGCUCGCGGCGAUGCAAAGGUUGGUGAAGUUCCUCUGUGCCUCAGUUCUCCUGCUCCUCUCCGCUCUCUACCUCCUCUCCGCUCUCUACCUCCUCGGUUCAGUCAGACACACCGCCAAGACGAACCCCCUUCCUGCAGAGGAGUACCGCCUCAUCUCCCCGCUCACCUACCGCUACCUCCUGAACCAGCCGCAGGUGUGCCUGGGCAGAAACCCCUUUCUGGUCUUCCUGGUUCCGGUCGCGCCUCAAGAGGCAGAAGCCAGGCAGGCCGUGAGGAGGACAUGGGGGGCUCCAGGUAGCAACACUCUCACCCUUUUCUUCUUGGGGCUGCCAAAGGGGGCGCUGCUGACACCCCUUCAGAGAGUCCUGGAGAAGGAAAGUCAGCAGCAUGGAGACAUCAUCCAGAUGGACUUCUUGGACAGUUACCAGAACCUGACGAUAAAGACGAUGAUGAUGAUGAAGUGGCUGGCUGACCAUUGCCCCAACUCCUCUUACGCCAUGAAGGUGGACUCUGACAUUUUCGUCAAUGUGUUUUACCUCAUCCAACGCCUCAGGAGUUCCCCCAGGGUGGGCUUCAUAACCGGGUCGGUGAUCCGGGACGGCAGCCCCAGGAGGGACCCCAGCAGCAAGUGGUAUCUAUCUAAGGAGCUGUACCUCGAAGACAGCUUCCCGCCUUACGUGUCUGGAGCUGGCUACGUGUUUUCCACAGACCUGGCUACCAGGAUCUCCUGGGCCUCCAGGUUUGUACGAGUGAUUCCUCUAGAGGACGUCUACGUGGGCUUGUGUUUGCGCGUGCUGGGGGUCCGGCCGGUGUACUCCUACAGCCUGUCACGCCUCAGGAGUCUUUUUGAGGUUCGAAAGCUGGAGUAUGACAGGUGCACCUUUGCCGGACUCAUCAUUGUGAACAGGUUUAAGCCAUCAGAGCUGCUGCAAGUGUGGCAGGACUUUUCUAAAGGCCAUGCCGCCUGCUGACCGCCUGCAGUGUUCGCUUCCCUGUGAAACCAACUAAUAGCUGGCUGGAAAGGAUAAAAGCCAUAAAAAUUAUGAUAGUCAUUUAAAUGUGUUGACAGCAAUUAUUUAAUAUGUCGAAAUGGAAUAAUGAAUAAUGAGGUAAAGAAAAGCCAUUUAAAAUGAAUCCACUCCCAAGUUCCAGGACUUGAAUUGCAUUUACUAACUUUUCACAGUGACUCAUUGUGUGACUGGUAAGUCAGCGUGCCUUCCUCCUGGUGCAAGUGCGUUUAUUUUACACCAAAGACUGUAACAAAGCUUCCUUUUAGAGAUUACCUAUUGCAUAAUAAUGAGGUGUGUGCCUUUUGUUUGGUUGUGAACCUGUGUUUAAGUGCCUGAGUGAUGGAUUAAAGGAGAGUUCUGGGCCUCAUGGAAGAAUGUUUUCAGAUAGUUUCCUUUAUCAUUCGUUUUUCUCUGAAUUUUUUUGUCUUUGAUGUUUUUAUUCUCUAGUUGUGUGUUCUGAUUCUGAAUCCUUGUUGGGUUCAGUGACUAAUAAAAUCCAACAGAUUUAGACUAUUUACUUACAGCUGACUGUGAGUAGAGCAUUGGAAAAUUACUUCAUUACACUGAAGCAUCCUCUUGGUGGGUAGAAAUAGACACAUGGACAAACCAAAAGUAGAAAGGAUUAAAACAUGGCAGCUGGAGUAAAAAGACCCAACACUCGUUCCAUUUCCUUCAGAGCUGAACAAUAUAGAGAAAUGCAGUUAUCAUCACAGUAUCUGUGUGUACAGUACUGCAAAAAAAAAAAAAGACUGUUCUGAUGCAAUAUUUAGGAGAAGUGUGAUGUGUUCUCUCUUUUAAUGCACACACUAUGUCAGGCUCAAGGGGAAGUGGUCGAGACAUUGUGUGUGAGAUGGUGAAGAAAGUAAAGUGACCUGAAAAUGAGAGCUAAUGCUUAGACCUGCUGCUGGUGUAAAGUACAUCUGCUCAGCUUAUAAACUUGCAGUCACUAGCUCAGCUAACUUAUGUGUUUGCUGCUUGGAUGCAAUAUAUGAUAAAUUAUAUUUUACGUGGAAUAAAACUCUUUUCAAUAAUAUAUUAGGUCACCUGGACGGUCUUUCAUUGUGUUUCAUUAACACACAUGAAAUAAGCCUUAGUGAGCAGGAUGCUACAGCUCAAGGAGGACAAUAAGGACUUUGUGAUGAUGCAAAAGUAAGAAAUGUGUGAGGAAAAUAUAGCUUAAUCACAGUCACGAUUAUGGUAACAUGCAACAGGAAUAUCUCUGCUUUCUGCUUUUUUUCAUAUCUUGUAGCGUCGAGGUUUACAAAGGUUUUUAAAAGCUCCGAUUUCAAAGCUGCUCACAUUUUCCCUACCUGUGGUUUGAAUCCUUUAGGAGCAUAAAAUGAUGUAGCGCUGUCCCUCUCCAACCAGUUGCUGCCCACUGCCAGUCAGUAGUAAAAGACGUUUUUAUUUUUAAACAACAAAAACAAAUGUGACUGUCUGGAAAUAUUAAAACAAUUAGGCCAUGUUACACAUUUAUAUUUCAAUGCAGACAGCUGGAGUCCCCAUAUAUUUAGUUUUUCUUGAAGCAGAGCUGAAUAUAAACAUUAUUGUUCUUGCAUGAGGCCCAGCAUAUUAAAACAAUCUGAAAAAUUCUGUCAGAAUAUUUGAACAUACCUGCUGUAACAUCAGGUUUGAUGCCUAUCUUUGCAUUUACUGCAUAUUCAGAUGCUGUACUCACUGGGGUUUAUAAAAACAACCAGCAGGUGGCGGUGUAAUCCAAAUGAUAAAAUGGAGAUUGCUGAUUCAUAUCAUUUGUUCACCUGCAAGGAAGUUAUGCCUUAGGUAGAUUAAUG